AUGGUGAGUUAUGCUGGUAAACUAGUUUUGGCACCUAUGGUGCGCGCAGGUGAGCUUCCGACGCGGCUUUUGUCGCUGAAAUUCGGUGCAGAUCUGGUAUGGUCGCCAGAGAUCAUUGAUAAGAAGUUGAUCCAGUGUAAACGGAUAGAGAACAAACCUCUACGUACUGUGGACUUUGUAGCACCAGGCUCGAAUUCAAAUAAGUCAUCGAGUGUGGUUUUUAGAACUUUUCCAGAGGCCGAAUCUGGGAAACUCAUUUUCCAAAUGGGCUCCUCCGAUCCGCAGCUCGCAGUUCAAGCAGCCCAGAUGGUGAUCAAAGACGUGGACGGGAUAGAUCUGAACGCAGGCUGUCCAAAGCAUUUUUCUAUUCAUUCCGGUAUGGGAGCAGCGCUUCUUCAGACCCCGGACACUCUUUGUUCCAUAUUGACAUCGCUGGUAGACGAAGUUGGCAAGCCCAAUCAGAAACCUAUCAGCGUCAAGAUUCGUCUUUUGGACGACGAAGCUCUAACUGUCGAGCUUGUCAAACGUCUGUGCUCGACCGGUAUCACUAAUCUGACUGUACAUUGCAGAACGACACCUAUGCGGAACAGACAGGCACCCAUCAGAGAUUAUAUUCCAGCUGUUUUCAAAGUUUGCCAGGAGCAGAACGUGAGCCUUAUUAUCAACGGUGCUCUCCAGGGUAGGACUCAUUUCCUUCAGUUGCGUAAGGAAAUGGGCCUCUCUGAGAAGAUUGGUGGAAUGAUUGCCGACUGCGCAGAGGCUAACCCAACCAUUUUCAGUCUUUCGCCGCUUCCUUGGCAUGAGGCUGCAAAAGCCUACUUUUCAAUUGCCUCGCAAUUUGAUCACAACGUGAACAAUUCCAAAUACAUGUUGACGAGGAUUGUACCGGGCAAAUCCAAAUUUUACCAAUACUUUACCCGCUGUAAAUCGAUGGCGGAGGUUGACUACGUCAUUAAACUUCUAGGUGACGCUGGCCAGCCUUUGGACGAUCCGACUGAGUACCUAGCUAACUGUAGAUCUCAAGAAAAACUACUCAAAAAAGAGGCGGCCGACAAAAAGUCCCAGCUACUUCAAUCUAAGAAAAUGAGUUCCGCGCCAUCCACACAGGAUUCGUUAGAUCUCAAGAGGUCAAUUGAAUGCGACGAAACAUCUGAGGCGAAGAAGGUUAAAAACUAG